AUGACCUUGCUUUCCUCUGGAAACUCCCACAUCCGUACCAAGCUCCCACCUGUCUUCCCUUGUCCCCAGCCUGUAGCCCGGCACUGGAUGGGAUUUACUCUGACUGGCAUCAGCCUCAGUGGCUGGGACCCUCCUUGUGGGACAGGGGUGACUCCAACUGUGCCUCCCAGUGAGUUGUCCACUAAUGCCACCCCUCCAGAACUUGCUGUCCUGGAGCCUCUCUUGAUAGUACUGCUGGGAAACAAUGCAAGUGUUAAAAUGAACAUUUUAAAGAAUGAGCCAGGAGGCCGCCAUGCCACAGGCGACCUGAGGACUCUAAGAAGUAAGCACAGCCCUCAUCAUGCAAGAACUGCCUUACCCUGCUCCCGAUUCAUUUCUCACAUGAAGAAUUUCUCUGAAUCUCUUAGUUUUGGUAGUCAACGCUGUCUACGUUUUCCAGUGUUUCCAGAAAGGACUCAGAGUUCAGCAACAAAUAAAAGACUACUUUGUACUUGCUAGUACAUAACCCCCAGGUCUUCUGUAAGCACGGUUUCUUUUGAAGACGACCGCUAUGAAGAAGCCUGUUCCUUCCCAGCUCCUAAGCAGGCCUGGAACAGUCCAUUUGGGGAACAGCAAAUGACAAAGAAGCCUAUUCGACUACGCUCAGGAAAUUCUGCUCACUUGGAAGCUAAAGAAAUACACACCGAUAGACACGCGAGACUUCAGAACCAGCCCUUGACCAAUACCAAGGAACAUUCUGGUAUGUUGAAUAUGCAGUGGGGGAUGCCCAAUACACAUCAGCUGGCAGCCGCGCCCUCGCCCCUGCCGGCCGGCUCCCCGCGUCUCCCCUCCAAGAGGCUAAGAAAGGCUUGCUCCUCGGCGCCCCGCCCACCCCGGCGUUUCCGUCCGGCUGGUUCACGGGCCCUUUCCAGGCCGGUGGUGAAUGCUCGCUUUCGCUGA